GAGGGCGAGAAGCGGCGGCAGGCAGACACAGCUCUUAGCUCUGCCCUGCAGUGCGCGCGAGCGCGACGGGGGUGCUGUGCUGCCGCGGUGGUGGGAGACCAUGGCGACGGUGCCGGUGCCGUUGCCGUGGCCGAGCGUGAGGAGGUCGCUGCAGGAGGGGGCCGCCAGCGCGGCAUCGUACGAGCGGCGAGCUCCGUGGCAGGGGGCGGCGCGGCCCGCGGCCACGGUGAGGUCGGUGGAGACGCUGGUGGUGAUCGUGGCCGCGAUCGUGCUCGCCGCCGUGCUGGCGGGCGUCCUCGCGCGGGUCUGUGGCGGGCGGCACGUCGUGCCGAGCGCCCAGUACCACGACGAGGAAGGCUGGGUGGAGAGGCGCUGCCGGAGCUGCCUCGACAGCGGGCUGCCGCCGCCGGAGCAGGGGGCGUCCAAGACGAGCGAGGCCAAAUAGCGUCAUUGUGCAUUGUGGUAGUACUACCCUAGUAGCCUGCUCUGCGUACUAGUACUGUGCUGUGCUGCUGUACUAUUAUAGUAAUACUACUAGCGUUUGUCUAGGCAAUUCAUUACUGCAGGCUUCUUAUCAGCGUAUGCAAAGUUUGUGUGUAAUUAGAACAGCCGGGUCUGGCUGCAUUGCUACCUAAUUGUACACAGGAGUGGUACGAGGCUAGGACAUCAGGCAUUAA